AUGGACGAACGUAGUCGUUUCUUGGCGGAUGCGGCAGCUCAACGAAGAGAACGUGAACUUGGACGAGUGCAGGCGGAAGUAGCCGUGAAAUUACAGGCGCUAGCAAGGGGCUAUUUGUCAAGACAACGAUUUGUGAAUGACAUCCGCUCAACUGUGUCGGAGAAGCUGGCAGCAUUCACUGACCUUGAGAAAACGGGAAAAGUGCUGCUUGCAAAUGACGAAAUAUUUGCGCAAUUAUGUCGUCACAUUAUAUUGUCAUUGGACUCGUCAGCAAAAGAUACGAACUGGGCUACAUUGUUCCUGAACAAGUCUACGAUAGCUGCGGCUAGCAAAGUUAUUUCUGAUAUCAUCUGCGUCAUUCCUCAAUCGCUCAUGUAUAUUUCGGGUGCCCGUGUCGCUGAGGUUAAAACAUGGCAAACAUUUAUUCAUUUUUUGGUUGUAAUGGGAUCAUGUAAUGGUUGGCUCCUUGUUCGGAACGCACCCCAGGUGCAGAAAGUGCUCAAUGAUCUGUGCAGUAAAAUGUGUUGCUCUUUAGGCGAACAUGCCAACUUCUCACGCCUUGCGAAUUCUCUAUUUCUUGCCUCGAAUGAGCAAAAACCCUUGUUAAGCGCUCAGGCGCUAAAUGCUCUCUUCUCGAUACUGAUGAAGUCUGUCAAAAGCGACGAUACAUUAGUACCAUUGCUUAUCAGUCAAGUUCUCACGUGUCCUGCCAUCGUUUUUCACUUGAGCAAAGCGAAUUUGGAUGCAUUUCUCACAUCUGGUCUGUUCAAUCGAUGUCUCACGCAUUUGCGAAAUUCACCGGACACGGUCAAGGGUCGCAUAGUCGAUUGGACAUGGGUUAUUGGAUUGGUUAUGGCCCAAUGUACAGAAUUUGCCGUUCGACCUGGCGAGCAGUCUAGUCAUAAUCACUGGCAUCCAAUCUUUGGUCAUUACAAGUUGCCAAUUGAUCCUAAAACAGAAAGGUCUUUGCGUAAUGUCCUGCGACAGCUGCAGAUGUUAUGGAGUUACCGCAUAGUCUGCAGACUUUUCGACAAAGCGCUUGAAGGAGUUGAUCAAAGUCGACCGAAUGGUCACGUGCCAGUGAAAGACCUUGGAGCCACGUUCAACAAACUAUGGAAGAAGUUAGGAGGGGGAUCUUCAUCCGAGCCUCAAGGAGAAAUGGAAAAGGAGACUCCACCUACUCUCGCAGCGGUUGUAUGUCAACUUUAUAUGACAGCAUUGUCAACUAUGGCUAAUAUGAAGAAUGAGAUCAUUGCAGGGGUUUGUCGAGAAGAUAGAAUUUUACGGCAGCUGUGGUCAUAUCUUAUCCGAUGGGGCGGCGAAGCACGCUCAUCAUCUUCUCCGUCGACGUCGCCUUCACCGCUCAACGCUGCGUUGUCAUUGCUAGCUCGUCCUCAGAGCCCACAUGUGGCUCCUCUGACAUUGUUUGCGGAUGCGGCAGCUAUUGUGAUAUCGAUCUUGGACGAGGAAGAGCUAUACGAACGUGCAGUCCCUUUCCCUGUAGAGGAACUUGUACAUAUAGCACGAUUUUGUAAUUACUUCUGCUUCCGUGCCGUAUGGAGCGGAUUAGUUGGUGAGGUUUUCUUAUGGUCAUUAGAAAGGUGCGUCCUUGAAUUUUGUGUUCGAAUAAUUUCCUGUUUAGAUGAGCGAAGUUCUAAUUAUGGUUUGUUUGCGAGUAUACAUACCCUUUGCAUGGUUCUUCAUGUUCGCGACAGCCGACGCUCUUUUGUCAAUGAUCCGAAAUUUUGGCUAGCUCCAGACGUGAAGAGUUCUGUGCUAAUGGGAGAAUUCGAGAAGAAGACGUCUAGAGGCGUCCUUCUGAUGCGUAAACUCAGUCAUUUAAUUUCACUUAAGGAAAGGAUGUUGUUGUUCAGGAAGUUCGUCAGUGCUGAUAAGUCGAGUAUCGAAUCGUCGGCCACCCUCAUCACAGUGGCACGAAAUCGUCUCGUUGAAGACGGGUACCGACAGCUGUCCAUGUUAUCCACAAGAGCACUGAAAUCUCGAUGCCGGUAUAGAUCAAGAUGGUGUGUGUUCAAGGAAUUCCUUGAAUUGACUAUCAAGCAAGUCUUUGAUCCUGCUUUGAACUUGUUUCACAGCACUGCCGCCGGGGUGCUUUACCCGUCUGCGACUUCAAGUGUGCAUGAGGACCAUUUGGCACUAUUUCAGUUUGUAGGAAGAAUCUUGGCCAAGGCAGUAUAUGAGGGAAUUGUUGUUGAUGUUCAGCUAGCGCCCGUUCUGCUUGCAGCGGUGCGUGGUAGCUCAGAAUGUUUUUUAUUUGUUCGCGCCGUGCGUAAUGGUAAUAACACAAUGUGUCAGAUGUUGGGUGGACGACGUCUUUGUGCUUUCGAUGAACUGUCACAAUUGGAUCCCGAACUUUACCGUAAUCUUACCUUUGUGAAGAAAAUAAACACAGUCGAUCUGGUGCCUGGUGGCAGGACGAUUCAAGUCACUAAUGAGAACAAAAUCGAUUAUGUACAUCGAAUGGCACAUCACCGUGUGUUCUCGCAGACAAAACAGCAAUGUAGAGCGUUUGUUUCUGGUGCUCAAUCGGUUCUGAACCCCGCAUGGCUCUUCCUUUUUGCUCCAUAUGAGCUGCAAUUCAUCAUAAGUGGAUACUCU